AACACCCCCUUUGUAUAUACAUAUAAUAUUACAAAUUUAAAAUUUAUUUAAAAAUAUUAAUAUGUAAUUUAAAUUUGAUCACUCACGCCUUACCAUUUAAAUCCUAACCAUAUCUUCACAUCCAUAUCUUCACAUCCAGAGUCAAUUUCAUAUACCUGUUUGUAGGUAAGCAAAUAUGGUGCACAAGCACAUCCUUCUCUUUACUUAUCCAGUCCAAGGGGCUAUCAAUCCUUCACUCCAACUAGCCAAACAGCUCAUAAGAAUGGGUGUCAAGGUCACCCUAGUCACCUGUGUCUCCGCCCAUCGUCGCAUGCCCAAAACCACCACAUUCCCACAAGGCUUAACCUUUGCUUCCUUCUCCGAUGGCUACGAUGAUGGGUUCAAAGUUGGUGAUGACUAUGAACACCUUCUGUCUGAGCUCAAGAAUCGCGGGUCUCAAAAAUUAGCCCAACUCAUCACUGCCAGCGCCGAGGAAGGCAACCCUGUCACAGGUUUGGUCUACACUAUGCUUCAAACAUGGGUAGCCAAAGUGGCUCAAUCCUUUCACAUCCCAUCCACACUUCUUUGGACUCAACCAGCCACUAUUUUUCAUAUCUUCUUUUAUUACUUCAAUGGUUAUGGUGAUACCAUUACAAGUAUUUCCAAUGAUCCUUCCUUCUUUGUUGAAUUACCGGUACUCCCACAGCUCUCCAAACGUGACCUUCCCUCUUUUCUUGAUGCUUCAAACCCUGACUCAGACACAAAAUCAUUUAAAUUUUUACUGCACAGAUUUAAAGAACAGCUAAAUACGCUUAACGAAGAAGAAAACCCUAGAAUACUGGUAAACACAUUCGAUGCUUUGGAACCGGAGGCCUUAAGAGCCAUUGAUGAGAAGCUCAACUUCAUUGCAAUAGGUCCAUUAGUCCCAUCGGCAUUCUUGGAUGGGAAAUAUCGAUCCGAUACUUCUUUUGCGGCUGACCUAUUCCAAAAAUCAAAGGAUUACGUUGAGUGGUUGGAUUUGAAGCCAAAAUCAUCCGUUGUUUAUGUAUCAUUUGGAAGCUUAGCAACAUUAUCAAAGCGACAAGUGGAGGAGAUAGCACGCGGGUUGUUGGAAAGCCAUCGACCAUUCUUGUGGGUCAUAAGGGCUACAGAAAAUGGCGAGAACGAAGAAGAUGAGCUAAGCCGUAGAGAAGAACUUGAACAACUAGGGAUGAUAGUGCCGUGGUGUGGUCAAGUGGAGGUCCUUUCACACCCAUCUUUAGGGUGCUUCGUUUCACAUUGUGGGUGGAAUUCUUCAUUGGAAUGUUUGGUAUUUGGUGUUCCGAUGGUAUGUUUCCCACAGUCAUCAGAUCAACCAACGAAUGCAAAACUUAUAGAAGAUGUAUUCAAGAUUGGAGUGAGGGUAACAGUGAAUGAAGAUGGAAUAGUGGAAGGUGAUGAGAUCAAGAGGUGCAUAGAAGUGGUUAUGGGUGGCGGAGAGAAAGGUGAAGAAAUGAACAAAAAUGCCAAGAAAUGGAGGGAUUUGGCAAUGGAAGCUGCAUCGGAAGGUGGAUCCGUGGAAAUGAAUGUUAGGGCUUUUGUAGAUGAGGUUGACAUUUUUUUUGACAAGUCUAAGUCCAUAUAGAACUAUACACAAAAUGAGAUACACUCUUUAUUAAAUAUGUGUGUCUCAUUUUGUAUUUAAUAUUUAUGCUCUUAGCACUGUUGUUAAGAUUUUAUAAGUCGAACAUUUUCAUUACAAGUUCUAUAAAAUUAAUGGUAAGUUUUUUUCA